AUCCAUAGGUAUAUCAUAUCAAAGAGUGAUUGGCUGGCCUAGUACGUAGUGUCGUAAAACCAGAGCUCUGUUCUGAUUCAGACAACACGCAGCAUUUUGUUUCGGCACUGAUGAUGAUCAGAUCUGAUGUUUCUAAAACGCUGCGGCCGUCACUUUCUCUGUAGUAGCAGAACACUUUCUCUAGUGUCUAGAGCACAUAUUCCGAAAGACGUCGACGCGUAUUCAGAUGUUCAAUCAGAAUCUGCUGGCAGGCAGACCAGCUCUCUACAGCUUUCCUUGCCAGUUGUUAUUGUACACGGUCUUUUGGGAUCCAAAACCAACUGGAAUGUCGUUGCCAGUUCGAUGUCUACUAAAAUACGACAAAAAGUGUAUGCAGUCGAUACUCGUAAUCAUGGAGAGAGUCCUCAUAGUGAGAUAAUGAACUAUGAGGUCAUGGCUGAUGAUAUAGUCGAGUUCAUCAGACAUAAACGAUAUGACAGGGUCUCUCUGAUUGGUCAUAGUAUGGGAGGAAAGGCAGUCAUGACUGUAGCCUUGAGAGACCCUGAUGUUGUUGAAAAGCUUGUGGUUGUCGAUGCGUCGCCAACUUACAGUAAACGUGGUGAAGAGUUGAAAUUUCUGUUGGAAGCAAUGCAACAACUUGAUGUGAGUAGGAUUUUCAGUAAGACACAAGCAGAUGAAAUUCUGAGAGAAGAUGUUCCGAAUGACAUGAUUCGCAACUUUCUUCUUACAAAUUUGGUAAGAUCUAGAGGCACUGGUCGUUUCCACUGGAAGUGUAAUCUGAGUAUCCUCUACAAGUCUCUACCGACAAUGUUCGACUUUCCUCAACUCAACUCCACAUUCACUGGCAAGACAAUGUUCAUCGGUGGUGCCAGAUCAGGUGUUAUCGGAGAUGAGCAGAAGGGAGAUAUCAAACGACUGUUUCCAUCUGCAGAAAUUACUACAUUGGAUACAGGUCACUGGGUACAUGCAGAAAAGCCCGAGGAAUUCACACAGAUAGUCGUGCGGUUCCUAACUAGAUAGAAGACCAAAUUUUGUAAUGCAAUUGUAGGAUGCAGCUAGUAGUCACAAAGAUCAGCUAUCAACUAG